CAAAUGAUCAUGCAAUGCGUCAAUCGUUACCGUUUCAGCCUUCGCAGCUUCGAUGAAAAAUAGAUAAUGCAAACAACGCUGCCUUUAAUUACAUGUUGCAUAAAGUGGAAAAGUAUCUGUCAAUCGAUGUAGUUAACGGGAGGCGACUUUCUGACAGAAGUCUGUUGAAGCAAAUAUUUGACUUAUCUGUUUGACGGAAACAUUGCAAAGUGCACUAUAAAACGUUUGUCGGGAGUAAUGGUCAAGUCACUGCGAUAUACUUUUCACUGUAACAGGCCUAUUUUGACGCUUAGUUAAUAGGUUAAAAUAAUUAGAAAACAAAAUGUUUCUUUCAUUAUACUCGAGGUAAACGUAAUCGCUAAAAAGAAAAUGUAGAUUUUAAACAUGCAGAUGUUGGUGAUAAUGACGACAUACAAUUUGAAUAGAAAUAUUUGUCAGUUUGUUUUGGGGUUACCGCUGUUCUUCAACAGUAUUUAAGUUAUGCAACGGCGACCAGUAAAUCGUAACAGUAUUCCUGGAUUUUGUACCGGUACAAAUCUGUUCUCCGCAAACUUCCAACAUGGAUCAGAGGUGGAGGACGAAUGGUUUCAGACACAAUGCCUUGUGUACGUGCGUGUUUGCUCUGCUAUAGUUUGCGGUUUAGGGAGACAGCAAUUUUGGAGGUGCACAGCAAAAUACAGAAGAAUCGUACUUAUUUGCUUUAUACCAAUGUGUUACAUUGUUUCGACUAUGUUUUACGUAACAACAGAAUUGACCAGUUCUUACGACAUCAAUUAUCUUACGGAACCAACUAUGCAUGUUCAAGAGAUGAGAAAGUGGACUUUUCAAACAAUUUCAAAUACACAUAAUUUGUCCUUUCAUACGCAAAAGUAUGACAGAAAAUUUGUUGACGUAGUAUUGUUUCAACAUUAUGGUAAUAACCAAUAUGCAAACAGACUAAGGAUAUCAUGGCUCAACAAACCAAGAUGGCUUAAUAUAAAAAAUGUGAAUGAUUAUCUUGCAAAGAAAUGCCCAUAUUGGAAUUGCAUAAUGACUGAAACUCGGCACUUUUUUGAAAGAAACGAUGCUCUUAUAUUCAAUACAAUGGAAAGUCUACAAAAUUUGUCCCAAUUAUUGUUUUAUCAACGUCCUUCAAAGCAAGUGUGGGUAUUUUUUCAGAUGGAACCCCCUACAAGAAUCAACAUAGAGCGGUUAAAAAACAAAAUUUUCCACAAUUCUAUGAACUGGUCCUGGAGUUACAGACUGAACUCUGAUAUAUUCCGUCCUAUUAGGACAUUAGCUAAGCAAAACGAUUUUAUCAAGCGCGACUAUGCAGCAAUAUUUAAAAGGAAGACAAAAAUGGCAGCAUGGGUUGUUAGCCACUGCCAAACCCAAAGCCUACGGGAAACGUUUGUGUCUAGGCUUGUAAGAGAAGGCAUUAGUGUCGAUAUAUUUGGAAGCUGUUCGAAGCAAGGACAUCGCGAAGAUUCAAAUUAUAUUCAGAAGAAAAUAAGUAAUGAGUAUAAAUAUUACCUUUCGCUUGAAAAUAGCUUCUGUGAAGAUUAUAUUACUGAGAAGUUUUUUACUUAUUUCGGACUUGACGUAGUUUUAAUUGUCAGAGGUAGUCUAAACUAUUCAAAGUAUUUUGAUAAAUCCGCUUUUAUUGAUACAACAGACUUUUCUUCAGUAAAAGAGUUAGCAAAAUAUAUGUUAACGAUCAGCAAAAGCGAGUAUGCUUACACGCAUUACUUAAGAAAUAAAGAGCAGUACAUACCAGCCUUAACUCAAGAACAGACCAUUCAACAAUCCGCUUGUCAGCUAUGUGCAAAACUUAAUAAUGCAGACAAGUUUCACAACAUCUAUGACAGCAUUGAAAAUUAUGUUAAUAAUAACACAUGUUUUAAACCAAAUGAUUACCAUUAAGUUUUUAUCAUUUUAAACAUAUUCAAAUUAGUAAGGUUCAACUCAAAGCUGUGAAUUUUUUUGUUGGAUUUGAAGCUUCAAUUUCAUUGUAAUGUGAUUGAAAAGUAAUAGAUAACAUGUUACAUAUAUUGAAACGUGACAUUUUUAUAAAUUAAACAUUUCUGUAAAAGAG